UACAAACAGAGUCAAACAAGGAAAUGCAAUGCAAACACAGUUGAGGGGUGUCUGACACCUCAGGCCAGGACAACUUCCUUCACGCACCAGUGCCCCUGCCUGCUGUCAUCACACCAGCUAGUGAGGAAGUAUGGUCAUGUACAGCUUGGACUUUGUGCUCCAGCCUCCAUUACAUGACAGGGAAAUGCAUGAAGCACUUCAGUUAUGAGAUCACUUCAGGAAAGUCUUACAUGCUGGAGCUGUGACUGCUUCAGGACAGAAAGCUAUCUGCAGGGUAAAGUGAGUUUGUGGGAGAUGGAUCCAGACAAUCAGAGCCAAAGCCAGCCACAGCCUGAGAACCCAUCUGGACGAGCAGAGGUUUUAACCCCCACUCCAGCAGUAGUUCCAGGCACAGAAGCCCCAGCCUCCGACCCUUCUGCCUCUGCUCCUGCUCCUCAACUGUCAGUCCCAGUGCGGCCUCGACGGCCUCAGAGGACCCCCAGAAUAGAGGGCUCUGUGGACGUAUGUGAUCCCAAACCUGACCCUCCAGGGGCCAACCAGGACCGAUCCACCACUCAUGAUGCUCCAGCUGGGGCCAGCCAUCCUAAGCCCCUGCAGCCUGAAGCAGCCAAGCCCCAUGGGGGGCAUGGAGGGGCCACUGAAACCACUCUGAAGGCUGGCCCUAAAGUCCCAGGCCACCCUCCAGGGGCCAGGAGCCCCAUCUCAAUGAGGGCAGUCUCAGUUCCCCAGCCACCGUCCUCCAGGUCUAUACCUCCCCAUCUCAACCCUCAUGCCCAGAGGGCCUUCUCUGUGGUGGGCACCGCGGACACACCGUCUCAGGUGGUGGAAGACUUCAGGGUGCACCUAGUCACAUGGAAUGUGGGCGGUGCCGUGCCGCCAGAUGACAUCACUGCUCUGCUGGGGUUGCACAUUGGAGAUGGAAACACAGACAUGUAUAUAAUUGGGCUACAGGAAGUCAACUCAAUGAUCAACAAAAGGCUGAAAGACGUUCUCUUCACAGACCAAUGGAGUGACGCCUGCAUGGAGAGACUCAGCCCCUUCGGAUACAUACUGGUGACGUCCCAGCGGAUGCAGGGGGUGUUGCUGCUGGUCUUCGCUAAGUACUACCACCUCCCCUUCCUCCGAGGGGUGCAGACAGAGACCACCCGCACCGGCCUGGGGGGCUACUGGGGUAAUAAAGGGGGUGUGAGUGCGCGCAUGUCUGUGUUCGGUCACACCAUCUGUUUCUUGAACUGCCACUUGCCGGCCCACAUGGAGAACUCUGAGCAGCGGAUGGAGGACUUUGAGAGCAUCCUGCAGCAGCAGCAGUUUGAAGGCCAGGCUGCCACAGGGGUGCUGGACCACGAUGUGGUGUUCUGGUUUGGAGAUCUGAAUUUCCGUAUUGAUGAACUGGAAAUUCCGGCUGUGAAAGCAGCCAUUGAUAACAACAAACUCACCAUGCUAUGGGAGAAAGACCAGCUGAACAUGGCCAAAGACAGCGAGUCAGUGCUGGAGGGAUUUCUGGAGGGUCCUCUCAAAUUCCCCCCCACUUACAAGUUUGAUGUGGGGACAGAUACAUACGAUACAAGUGGGAAGAAGCGUAAGCCUGCGUGGACAGACAGGAUCCUGUGGCGUCUGAGGGCCACAGUUCCCUCUGGGCCGACCCCUAAUGCUGGGAAGAGAGGCUCUAUUUUAGGGCAGAGCAGCGGGACCAAGGUCACCCAGCACUUCUACCGCAGUCACAUGGAGUACAUGGUCAGCGACCACAAGCCUGUCUCUUCCAUCUUUACACUCCAGUUCCCCUAUAAGGUGGACAUGCCCCUGGUGACGAUCAUGGUGGAGGAUGAGUGGAACAGCAUUGCAGAUGCCACGUGCACGUUCAAGGCUGCACCUAAUUUCGCUCGCAGCUCCUGGGACUGGAUUGGGCUGUACAAGGUGGGAUUCAAACACCAUAAGGACUAUGUAGGCUAUGUGUGGGCCAAGCAGGAGGAGGCAGAUUACCAUAGAGUAGAACACGAGGUGACCUUUACUGAGGAAGAGUUGCCCAAGGGCUCAGGAGACUUCAUCUUGUGUUACUAUAGCAAUAACACGAGCACCCUCGUGGGUGUGACAGAGCCUUUCCAGAUCCAGCUGCCCACCUCCAGCCCUGCCGGUAGCCCCUCUGACGAUAGCUCUGAUUUCACCUCUGAGGACGACAGCGUGGUUGGUAUGAAGACCAUGUCCCGCAGUCCCAGCCCCCGGAAAAAGAAACACAGAGCCCGACACAGCCAUAGCCGCAGUCCCAGCCACAGCCGUAGCCGCAGUGGCAGCCCUGCACUGCCCAAAAUGAAGGGCCUCAAACUGCAGCCUGGCUCAGCCCACAACACCACAGAUGGGGAGAAGGAGAAGGCCUCAUCUGAGGCUGGGGAUAGAGGGUUGUGAUGGAGCCCCUGUUAUUCUGCACUCACAUAACCAACUCUGUGUGGUUUCUUAGUACAUGAUGCACUGUACUGUAUUAUAUGUUUCCUUUAUUGAAAAUGUACAUUUUCGGGUGCCAUUUGUUUCAGGACUGGGGUUAGGCUUCUCGUACUGGAAGACUACUUUGUCUUGUGUGAUUUUUCUUAAGCUGUUUUCAAAUGUAUGUCUCCCUGUAGAUUCUCUCAUUCCUCUCACACUCUCUCUCUCACUCGGUCACUCUUUCCUCUCAGGUGUAGAAAAUACAGAGAGUUUUUGGCUGAUUUUAAGAGAACCUUACAGGGCAAAUCAUUACCAAAUCUCAGGCAGAGGGAAUUGGCCACCAAAAUGCAUAUUGCCAGUUGUUUCACAGAUAUUUUGAAGCAGCAUAAUAUGUACCCCUCUGUAUCAGCCCUGGGGGCUUAGUCAGCAGGUUAGCAUGUGUGACAGCAUGAGCAAAUGAUGUCUUUUGAUGAGGUGAACAAUUAUUUUGACUCCCAAAGGGAACAUUCCUUGCAAAUGGUAAUAAUCCCUAUUUGCUUUAGCGCAAGUCCUGUCCUACAUGUUGAUACAGAAUUGUGUCUGCUGCUACAUAUAUUCUCUAAGGGACCUGGUCCACAAGUGAUUUUUUUAUGAGUUUUGGAUUUUAAAAAAAGUAGAAUCACCAGGAAUUCAUCAGAAAAUGAGUUUAAUUUAGUAAAUCUGUUCCAAAGUAUUCCCACAAAUAAAAAAAAAGAGACAUAUGUGAUCGGGGUUUAAUGUAAUCAAGGUAUGAAAUGUAUGUUAUUUUAACAUUUAUUUUGGGACUUAGUUGUGGUCAAUUCGCAGUGUACAAAUUAUUAUUAUUAUGCUCCCGACCAUCCGAUCGGAUAAAAAUCGCCCAGCGGCAGAAUGGAGUUGCCUACUCCUGCCUUAGGAAGUGGGCCAAGGAGAUGAACAUAGAGAGCCAACCCUUAAUGAAAUGUGAUUCCAUUUGCAUCCACUGUGUUAGACAGAGUUCUAAAUGCUAGGUGUAGUAUACUACUAGUAUAUGAAUACAUGCCGUUAUUCAUAAACCCUUGUGAGUUGGCUUGACUGCAUGGAUCUUCAAUGCCAUGAAGAAAAAAUAAGUUGAAACAUUUUCACCUUCAGGGUACCGGUGUUUCCAGUUCUCUUAUUUUCUUCCCUGCACUUCACCUCUCUUUUUCCCUCUUUCUCUCUCUCGUGUCCCCUCUCUCCCUUUUCUCUAUUGGUGAUAGUGAUUAGCUGAAACUGUUCUGUCACUAGAAGUGAUGUGUUGGAUUGUUAACCUGUGACCUCCAAUUCAACACCCUAGGCACUUUCUACCUAUGGGCUUUUAGCUUAGGACAGUGUGUGCUGUUGUACUGUAACCUCAUUGUGCGUGAUUUCAUGUAUGUAUGCCACUGUGUGUGUGUGUGUGUGUGUGUGUGUGUGUGUGUGUGUGUGUGUGUGUGUGUGUGUGUGUGUGUGUGUGUGUGUGUGUGUGUGUGUGUGUGUGUGUGUGUGUGUGUGUGUUUUGGGUUUACAAGAGUGAGUGUGUGAUUGUGUAUGACUGAUAGUGAUGUGUGUAUGUGCUUGCAUGGUUUUCUGGACAUACUGUAUAUUCCGGUACUGUGAUUUUGUGCCGUUAAAAGUGCUGUUUUUGACUUUUGACUGUUUGGAAAAAAUGUUAUGACGACAAUGUAAACACAAAAUGACAUGUUAGAUGUAGAUACAUAAGGAAAAUGAAAGGCUGAAUCAGUUUGCUUGCAGAACAGCAAGAAAGACAAUUUCUUACAUCCUAUUUAAACAAUACAAAAAUACACUGUAGACAGUCUGAAGCUCCUCCAAGGUAAAUGAUCAGUGGAAAUGGCUUUAUAUUGUUGUUAUCCAUUGAUUAUGUGUAUCAAUCAAUAUGACUUAAUUGAUCCAAAGUAUGGUUAUAGAAAAGGUGAUAAGGAAAGAUCUGAAAGUCUAAUUCAAUUGUCUUUUGCUAUUUUAGUCUUUGGAAAUGUCUCUCUCCCACACUGUAUGUGGAAUUUUAAAGAUAUGAAUAAGGAAUGUUAUUGAAAGAUUAUAACGUGUUUAAAACAGGUGAGAGUAGGCUAUGUACUGUAUGUAAAUGUCAAAUAUCAAAUAGAGAACAUAUGACAAUCAAUGCCAAAAAUUAUGCAUAUAUUUUCUUAUUUUAUUGUGUCAAUUGAGAACCUGAAUUCUGCUGGCAGGUGUGGGAGGACAAUGUUAAAGCAAACGGGUUUAUAGUCAGUUCUAUUUAAUAUAUAGUGUAUACAUAUUUGUUUUUAUUUAUUUUAAUUUUAUAUUUAUUCAUGCACACAACAUAGUUUUAUGUGGAGGCAAAAAGAAACAACCACUUGACUUUGUUUAUCUGUGAUUUCAGAUCAAAUGUAAUUUUUUUAAAUGGUAUUGUCUCUGCUAGCUUGUAUGUGAUUGGGAUUAAAACAACUGGAAAACAUUACAACAACAUUGUAAGAGGCUUGAAUUGGCUAGUUGUUGAAUGUUGAUAUUAGAGGGUGUGUUGUGGACCCGUCCAUGGGGGUCAGGGGAACCUCUCUGCUUUCCAGCUUAACACCUCUGUCAUACACGUUGUUUAGAGAAAACUCCUCUUUAAGCUGUACAGCUGGUCUGCUCUUUGAGUCUUUCUUGUUUUCAGUCGGGCCAGAUCAAAGAAGCAUUUCGCUACACCCACAAUAACAUCUGCUAAAUAUGUGUAUGUGACCAAUAACAUUUUAUUUUAUUUGACAUCAAUAAGGAACUAAUUAUAUUGCAAUACAUUGAUGUUGUUUGCAGUAUAUUGUAAGAAACAGCUCCAUUAUAAAACAUACAAUGCCUAGACACCUCAUUGUGUUGGGGGUGGUUUGUUACAGUGGAGAAGACCACCAGAAAUGUUACAAAGGAAACAUACGCUAUGAGGUACUUUCAGUGUUGGUUGUUGUUUAACAAGAACCAGGUCAGAUCUACAAUAGUCAUUAUAAGCUCAUCACUAAGCUAAGGAUCCUGGGAGUAAACAUCUCCCUCUGCAACUGGAUCCUGGACUUCCUGGCGGGCCACCCCCAGGUGGUGAGGUAGGUAGCAACACAUCUGCCACGCUGAUCAUCAACACUGGAGCUCCCCAGGGGCUCAGUCCCCUCCUGUACUCCCUGUUCACCCAUGACUGCAUGGCCAGGCACGACUUCAGCACCAUCAUUAAGUUUGCAGACAACACAACAGUGUCGGCCUGAUCACCGACAACGACGAGACAGCCUAUAAGGAGGAGGUCAGAGACCUGGCCGGGUGGUGCCAGAAUAACAACCAAUCCCUCAAAGUAACCAAGACUAAGGAGAUAAUUGUGGACUACAGGAAAAGGAGGACCGAGUACGCACCCAUUCUCAUCGACGGGGCUGUAGUGGAGCAGGUUGAGAGAUUCAAGUUCCUUGGUGUCCACAUCAACAACAAACUAGAAUGGUCCAAACACACCAAGACAGUUGUGAAGAGGGCAGGACAAAGCCUAUUCCCCCUCGGGAAACUAAAAAGAUUUGGCAUGGGUCCUGAGAUCCUCAAAAGGUUCUACAGCUGCAACAUCGAGAGCAUCCUGACUGGUUGCAUCACUGCCUGGUACGGCAAUUGCUCGGCCUCUGACCGCAAGGCACUACAGAAGGUAGUGCGUACGGCCCAGUACAUCACUGGGGCUAAGCUGUCUGCCAUCCAGGACCUCUACACCAGGCGUGUCAGAAGAAGGUCCUAAAAAUUGUCAAAGACCUCAGCCACCCUAGUCAUAGACUGUUCUCUCUGCUACCGCAUGGCAAGCGGUACCGGAGUGCCAAGUCUAUGACAAAAAGGCUUCUCAACAGCUUUUACCCCCAAGCCAUAAGACUCCUGAACAGGUAACCAAAUGGUUACCCAGGCUAUUUGCACUGUGUGCAUCCCCCCAACCCUUCUCUUUUACGCUGCUGCUGCUACUCUGUUUAUCAGAUAUACAAAGUCACUUUACAUUCAUGUACAUUCUACCUCAAUUGGGCCGACCAACCAGUGCUCCCGCACAUUGGCUAACUGGGCUAUCUGCAUUGUGUCCCACCCACCACACGCCAACCCCUCUUUUACGCUACUGCUACUCUCUGUUCAAAUAUGCAUAGUAACUUCAACCAUAUCUACAUGUACAUACAGUACUACCUCAAUCAGCCGGACUAACCGGUGUCUGUAUGUAGCCUUGCUACUGUAUAUUGCCUGUCUUUUUACUGUUGUUUUAUUUCUUUACCUACCUAUUGUUCACCUAAUAGCUUUUUUGCACUAUUUGUUAGAGCCUGUAAGUAAGCAAUUCACUGUAAGAUCUACUACACUUGUUGUAUUCAGGCGCACGUGACAAAUAAACUUUGAUUUGAAGAAGCGUUAACAUUAUUUUGUAAUUCUACCAACAUAUUAUCCUAAACCUAAAGACCCAUGACUCUGCUAAUAUUCAAAUCAAAGUUUAUUGGUCAUGUACACAGAUUAGAUAGUAGAAGUAUGACUAAAGGUAGAAAAUGAUUUACUUCGCUUUUACAUUGGCUACAUUCAUGUAAAGCCCUAUCUAAACCAUUUACAAUUGUCUGUCCCCACUCCCCAGGCUGCCAUCCAGCCCCAGUUAGACGGGGUGUGUACAGGUCUCAGUUAUAGAUCCAAAGUCUGUUGAUUUGAAUAGUUUAUUCGGUAUCCCUCUCCUCCCUGUAGAUGUGAGUCUGGUCGAGGCUGAGGUCCUGAGUGUUCCAGUGGAGAAGCGCAGACAGGGAACAGAGCCCUCCAGAUGGUUACUCAUGGACCUGAACACUGGCCUGAUCAAGAAACACAUCAGCGAGAUGGACAGGAGGGUAACACAAGGUAAGGAGGAAUGAUAGGAAAGUUAAGGUCAUUUUCUGGACAUUUGAAUAAAAUGAUGUCCACUGCUGGAAGGCUCACUUUCUCUCCCUGAUUCUCUCCUCUGUGGAAGAGUUCAGACAGGGAACUGAGAACAACAAGAGCGGAUGCAUCACCUAGCCUGUCGGAGCGAUGGAGAGAACUGACAUAUUGACAACUCAGUUUGAGAAAGUGUUUGUUUGUGUGUGUUUGUGUAUACUGAUGGAGUCUGAAUUUUGUAAAGCCCUAUCUAAACAAUUUACAAUAGUUUGUCUUCACUCUCCAGGCUGUCAGCCAGUCCCAGUUAGAUGGUGUACCUACAGGCCUCAGCUCCACUAUUGCCUGGGGGACAUAAAGGACACCCAGAACUCCCUGGCAGACAUCAGCAAGGAAUGGAAGCAAAGCAUUAACACUGUUGAAUCUUGAAGGAUGUAAAAUAUGCUGGGAUGCAACACAGUUAGCUUGCCUCAGCCAUGGAGAAUCUAAAGAAUAUAUUUUAAGAUGCCACAUUAUUGGGGACUAUUAUUAUUGGCUUGCAUUGCAUUUGUUGUGAUACUGUAUGACAGACCUCUUCAACCUUGUUCCUGGAGAGUUACCUAAUUAUUAGCUGGUUGAUAAGCUAAAUCAGGUACAGAGCCUUCAUAAAGUAUUCACACCUCUUUACUUUUUCCACAUUUUGUGUUGUUACAGCCUGAAUUUAAAAUAGAUUAAAUGACGAUGUUGUGUCACUAGCCUACACGCAGAAUACCCCAUAAUGUCAAAGUGGAAUUGUGUUUUUACAAAUUAUUAAAAAUGAAUUCAAAAGCU